UAUUAAUGUUUUCUCCUUUCAAUUUUGAACAGCAGGAUAUAAGAUUAAUUUUAAAAAAUGUUAAAUUAUUUGAAAUUUAUUGAUGUGUCAGUUUAAGUAGAAAUGUGGUAGAAAGGAAACAAAAUAUUAUUGGUUAAAAUUAGUGUAAUAUGUUUUUAAAAAGAGUGGUAAUUGUUAAAACGGUUAUCAAUCUGCAAUAUAUGUCAGAAUUAGCUAUGUGUGCCCUGAAAAAGUUUUUUUAAAUUUUUUAAAUAAUACUUUUAUUGUUUUAAAAACUUCUUGAAAUUUGUUUUUAGAGUUAUUUUGAGUGGAUCGUGUAACAAAAGAGUACCCAGGACUUUGUUCAAAAAUGGCACGAAAGGCGUUCAAUUUGAAGUUUCUGAUAACCGAGGUUACAGACUGGUUCGAGCUUAAGGCACGUCUUCAAGUCCAGCCUGGAGCACUUUUCCACUUGAACCGCCCAAGACAAAGUCCAAAGAACAUGGACAAGAAAGCUCCGCCGAAAAGCAUCAAGCUCCCAGAGACGAUCAAGGUGUUCAGGAACUUGAAAAAGGCCAAGCGUUUCGCCAUCGACAUAGGAGGCUCCUUAACAAAAAUUGCUUAUUUCUCCACAAUGUCUUAUAGGCGUGCUAAUUAUUGUAGUAUUCACAAGGAUAUGACUUCAUUAGAUGACCAUUAUUACGAGGUGUCUGAACAUGCAAGACUUCAUUUUGUUAAAUUUGAGACUAAAUACAUAGAGCACUGUUUGGAUUUUAUCAAAUCAAAUCUAGUAGGCUCAAAAGAAAGCAUGAUGGGAAAGAUAAUAAAAGCGACAGGAGGCGGUGCUUACAAAUAUGCCAAUACAAUACAAGAAAAGCUUGGUCUGAAGGUUGAGAAGGAAGACGAAAUGAGUUGUUUGGUAAAGGGUUGCAAUUUUCUGUUGAAAAAUAUAAGUGACGAAGCUUUCACUUUUCAUCGGCAUGCCAAUCCCGAAUAUGAAUUUCAAACAACCGACCAAAAUAUUUUCCCUUAUAUGCUGGUAAAUAUUGGUUCCGGUGUUAGCAUACUCAAGGUAGAAUCUGAGGACUGCUAUGAAAGGAUUGGUGGCACGGCAACUGGUGGUGGGACCUUCUGGGGUCUUGGAACUCUUUUAACUAAAGCCACGGAAUUUGACGAGCUGCUUGAACUCGCAGAAGUCGGUGACCACAGAAACACUGAUAUGCUUGUAAAGGACAUCUAUGGAGCCGAUUACAAAGCUCAUGGGCUCAACAGUGAAUUGAUCGCAUCUGCUUUUGGAAAAAUAUGCCAGUCAGUGAAGAAAGGCCAGACAAUAACUUGCACAGAUGCUGAUGUGGUACGAAGUCUGCUAUUCACUAUUAGCAAUGACAUUGGUCAAAUAGCAUCAUUGUAUGCCAUGAUGCAUAAUCUAAAUAAGGUUUAUUUUGGUGGUUAUUUUUUAAGAAACCAUCCAUUAAGUAUGCACACAGUAUCUUUUUCUAUAAAUUAUUGGUCUAAAGGCAAAGUGCAAAGCCUAUUCCUCCGCCAUGAGGGUUAUCUUGGGGCAAUAGGUGCAUUUUUAAAAGGAACGGAAGAAUGUGGUGAAAAUUAUUCUUGGCAAGAGAAUUAUGCCGGGAGCUCUGCCCUUGAACCUCAGCCUGCCAUUUGGAUGGAUUCGAUGGAAAAAUCGAGGAAUAUCGCCCAGCUGGAACUUGAUCGAGAAGUACAGAGAAAAUUCUGCCCUCUUUUGCUCAACACGGCUCACUACGUUCCAGACACCAUGGAUCUUAUCAUUGACCACGAAGCAAGGGUGUAUUGGUUAGACUGCUUUGAAGAAUCCAUAAGGAAAUUUGCAGAUGCUGCGAUCAAAAGUCAACCUGAGAGUAAAACUGCGGUUGAAAGAGCAAACCAGUUCAAGGAAAAGUUUUUGAGAAGACUACAAAAACUUAGACUUCAUCCUUUUGCUUAUGGUAAUUUGACCGUUCGUUGUUUGCUUGAAACAAUCCAACAUUGUAUGAAAGAGUUUGAUUUUCCUGAUCCUUAUUUACUCGUCAAACAAAAUGAGAACGAAGCAGCACUUGCACAGCUUCAAGACCGUCUUCAACACCUCGAUAAAUUGCCUUUAAAGGAACUUGAGCAUGAACUUGUUCUCGGCCUCUUGGCCGGUAAUAUGUUCGACUGGGGUGCACAAGCCAUAGUCGACAUAAUGGGCAAGGAGAAGUUCGGCCUAGCCGAGGCCCGGAGUAAGAUUCCAGGAAGGCCUUGGGUGAUCGAUCACUUAGACAUGUGGCUCAAUCGCCUGAGGGGGCCACCGCAUAGUAAAGCGGCGAUUUUCAUAGACAAUAGUGGUGUCGACAUCGUUCUGGGAGUUUUACCUUUUGCUAGAUUCCUGCUAUCCCGUGGCACCAAGGUGAUACUUUGUGCUAAUUCUGGGCCAGCAAUAAAUGAUGUAACUUUUAAAGAACUUGAGGUCAUUUUGACCAAUGCUGGCUCAAUUUGUCCAGUCUUAAAAAAAGCAACUGAAGAGAAAAGGCUUGUGCCUAUGGAAACUGCGCAGAACGGUCCAUGCUUGGAUUUGAGUCGGCUGGAUCACAAACUUGCGAAGUCUAUGGUCGAUGUGGAUCUGAUUGUUAUUGAAGGUAUGGGCCGUGCGAUUCAUACUAACCUUGAGGCCAAAUUUAAAUGCGAGAGCCUCAAAGCGGCGGUCAUCAAGAACAAAUGGCUAGCUAAAAGGAUGGGCGGUGAAAUGUUUGCUGUCAUUUUCAAAUAUGAAACCCCCACCAAAGUCUAAACCAUCUUUUAUUAUUUAUUUAAUGUUUUUUUGUAAAUAUUUGAAAACUGACAUUGGUUAUAGUCAGAACGAGUGUUCUACCUGACAGUUUUCUUUUGUUAAGGUGGAAUUUUGAAAUCAGAAAUUUUGGUUAGCGCUUUAAUGUGGUUAUAGGAUGGUUUUUAAAGUCAGGGUUGUACAGGAAAAAUAUAUUUUUCUUGAACUUGAAAAUUCCUGCUGGUGAAUGUUAUUUCUUAUAAUAUAUUAAAGAAAUUAACAAAUUAUUUUGUCUUAUUAAAACAUAAACAAUAACAUUUAUUGUAAUAUAUAUUAAUAAAGACUGACCUUAAUGCAAUUUAGAUAAUAUUGCUAUCUACUUAUUAUGAAACCUAACGUUUGUUGCUGUGUACUAUAUU